AUGAUGUUCUUCAAGUAAGAUUUUAUAGGUUGUAUUUUUUAAGCUUCUAACGAUUCUUCGCUGGUUUUGGUUCGGUGUUAGAUCCUAUACUGUCUCAAGAGAACCCCACAUUGGAGGCUAUUCUUGACGAAGACUCAUUAUAAGAAAUCAAAUUGAAUGGAGCGCAAAAGUUUGGGAGUUUGUAAUCAUUUUGAUUUUAUUAGAGUGUGACAAAGAAUAUUGAUACUUUUAGUAAGAUGAUAGGGUACUUGAGUGUCAAUGAGGAUGAGGAGUAUAACGAGAAAACCUAGAUUAGGUAAGAUGAUUAAACUAAAACAUCAUAAGAUACCCCUUUAUGAUAAGUGAAGCAAUAGGAAAUGAGAAUGGCCCCAUCAUAGAUUAUCUAUUCGAAGCAGAUAAAUCGAGUCCAAAUUAUGAGCAGAAUGAAGAACGUAGACAGGAAUUCCUGCCCAAGAUUUUCGAUAUCUUGGAUAGGGAUUACUUGAAUGUGACUCUUGCCAGUUAUUUAUCCAAAGUGGUGUGUGCAAUCAUCAGAAGAAGAGGUUUCGAUGUAUUUAUUGUGCAUAAACAUAUAAGUUGUGGAGAUUCCUUUCUUAGCCAGAACAUAAAUCAAUAUUAAGUAAUUUAAUUAAGAACUUGGAUGUAUUCCAUGUUGCUGAAAUCAUUGAAAAGUUGAUCAUCCUAGACACCAAUCAAGAACAAUCCGACAAUCAGACCAACUUCCUGGAAGAGAGAAGCGAACUCUUACGUCGAGUGAUCAGAGUCUUCGAAUAUAAAACUCAUCAAAAUGACAUCACCGAUAAUUGCAGUCACAUAAUCAUUGAAAUCCUCAAUAAGUCAGAAUUGUUCCUUUAAGUCCUUAACAUCCCAGAAAAAUUCUUUGCCAUUGCCGUAACAUUUUGUCCAAAUUAAUCAUAGUUAAAUUCCAGUUCAGCCACUGUAGUUUCAGUCCUAAUCACAUUAAUCGAAGCCAUUCACCGAUACGUCUAAUAACAAUAGGAGAAGAAUCCCGCCUAUACUUUUGAUUAUAAUUAAUUCUACCCCAUCGCCUAAGAGUUCAAGAAUGCCCUGUUGGCUGAAAAGAUAUCCAUCAGUAACUUUGUCUCCUUAUUCAAGGUGCUUUCAAUACCACCUAUGGAAUUUCACAACAGCCCUUUAGUCAAAUGAAAUUGAAGUUGAUCCAAUUGUACCUAUCCAUAUUGAGAAUCAAUAAUGUUCAGUGGAUCAAUCAAUUUGAUCAUAAAGGUAUUUAUGAAGCUCUCAUGAAAUUCGUUAUUGAAUACGAAUUCAACAAUCAAUUGCAAAAUUACUUCUAUGAAAUCACAAUAUUCAUCUUUGACAGACCUCUAUUCGACUCCAUUCAAGAAGAGUUCCUCUCACUUGGUCUCAUAUCGUUCCUUAUGAAACACAAUAGAUAUGAGAAAUAGAACGUUGGAGCCUUGAAUGCAUAAAUUACAAGAGGCUAUGUGGGAGUCCUCAGUAAAAUUGCCUAUUAUUUCAUUGACAAAUUCGAGCACAACCAAGAAUGGAAUCAAUAUGUUGAACAAGUGCUCGAACCUGUUAGGACUAUUGAAAAUCAAUUCAUGUUAGGAGUUAAUCCAAAACCCAAGAUCCCCAUUGAUACCAGUGAUGACAACAUGAAUGAAAUGUUUAAAGUAUUUUAAAUUCAUUAAAUCCUUAGAACUUUUCAAAAAACAAAUACUCUCAAAGCAAUCAAUAGCCAUAAUUACAAUAAUAAGAUCAAUAGCCUGCUGUUGAAGUUGAAGAAGAAACAGAAGAAGAAUUAAAUACCGAUGAAAAUUAAGAAAAUAUUAUUCAUCAAAGAGAAGACGAUGAAACAGAAUAAAUCUAAGAAGCCAACUCUAAGAAACCUGAAAUGUUGAUUGAUGUUGAAGAAAUUGAGAAAGUUAUCAACAGUCCAGAGACUAGUCCUAAAGUUGGUAAUCAAAUCAUUCAUUAUUUUAGUUGAAUAAAUCAUUUAAUUCUAAGAGUAAAACUUAAAGACAUCUCCUUAAGCUAGUGAAAUUCUCACUGAUCAAACUGUUAAUAAAUAUUGGAAGGCUCAUGAGGGUUUGGAACAUCAAGAACCUGGCAGAAAGGGAUCACAUGAUGACAUCCAUAAACAUCAAGUUGAUCACCAUGAAUAAGUUAAAUAAAAUGAAUAAUAACAUGAAUAAUAACAUGAAACUUCAGAAAAAGAUGCUGAGAAAUAGUAGGUUGAAACACAUGAGAACUUGAAAGUUGAAGUUUAAGAAGUUAAAGUUGAAGAAAUAAAUUCACCUGAAGAGCAAUAACAAUAAGGAGAAUAACAAUUAGAGUAAUAAGGAGAAAAAUAAGAAGAAUAAUAAUUAGAGUAAUAAGGAGAAAAAUAAGAAGAAUAAUAAUUGGAGUAAUAAGGAGAAAAACAAGAAGAAUAAUAAUAGGAGUAAUAAGGAGAAUAAUAAUAAGCAUAAGAAGAAUAAUAAGAAUAAUAAAAUAAAUAAGAAGAGUAGGAAGUAAUCAGUUGA